AAAUGAUCAUGGCGUCGUCAACCUGAUCGCGCUUUGGGAGGGACGAAAGAGUGAAAAAAUAGAGUCAGUCGGUCGUGAGGUUGGCACUUGGCCGUCUGUUAGUACGUUCAUUUGUCAUUUAAUUUGCAUUCGAUUACCAUAGCAAUACUUACAAUAUCAAAUUAAUUUCAUUUCGACGCAAGCUCAAGUCCGGUGAACACGCAUCAAAAUUUACCUGUAUAAUUAUUUACACUUGACACUCUUCAGUCCUGCACCACACCACAAUAAACAGACAUGGCAGAGUCUGAUAAGUUAAAUAUUGACACCAUCAUCGCACGGCUGUUAGAAGUGCGAGGAGCCCGCCCGGGCAAGACUGUCCAGUUGACAGAGAGCGAAAUCCGAGGCCUCUGCCUUAAAUCGAGGGAGAUUUUCCUGUCGCAGCCCAUUCUUCUAGAAUUGGAGGCACCUUUAAAGAUCUGCGGUGACAUUCAUGGACAGUAUUAUGACUUGCUACGUUUAUUUGAGUAUGGAGGGUUUCCACCGGAGUCCAAUUAUUUAUUUUUGGGUGAUUACGUGGACAGGGGCAAGCAAUCAUUGGAAACUAUCUGCCUUCUGUUGGCUUAUAAAAUCAAGUACCCUGAAAACUUCUUUCUUUUAAGAGGAAACCAUGAAUGUGCCAGCAUCAACAGAAUUUAUGGUUUCUAUGAUGAAUGCAAAAGACGAUACAACAUAAAAUUGUGGAAGACGUUCACAGAUUGUUUCAAUUGUUUACCGGUUGCUGCAAUUGUUGAUGAAAAGAUUUUCUGUUGUCAUGGUGGGCUGAGUCCAGAUUUACAAAGUAUGGAACAAAUUCGAAGGAUCAUGAGGCCGACUGAUGUCCCUGAUCAGGGUUUGCUUUGUGAUUUGCUAUGGUCCGAUCCAGAUAAAGAUACUCUGGGUUGGGGAGAGAAUGAUAGAGGAGUCUCCUUUACAUUCGGCGCUGAAGUGGUUGCUAAAUUUCUCCAUAAACACGAUUUUGACUUAAUAUGCCGUGCCCACCAGGUUGUUGAGGAUGGAUAUGAGUUCUUUGCAAAGAGACAACUGGUUACAUUGUUCUCGGCUCCUAAUUAUUGUGGUGAAUUCGACAAUGCAGGAGCUAUGAUGUCAGUCGAUGAAACGCUUAUGUGUUCUUUCCAGAUCCUCAAGCCUGCUGACAAGAGGAAAUUUACUUAUGGAGGGCUGAAUGCUGGUCGCCCUGUCACUCCACCUCGUGGGGCCACUAACAAAAAUAAGAAAAAAUAGGAAAUAGGUGUAAAUUAGUAUCCAUUUCAUACAGCAAUUCUCUUGGCAUCUGUCUUUAGGUUAUGUUUACCAAAUUCAUUGUAAUUAUGGAGCUAUAAUUAAGUUUAUGAGUGGCUGUGUUAAUCAAGCCAACGAUUCCAAAAUUUUGCCAAAUUUCAGUCUGUCAGUUUUAAUUUGAUCUUCAUAAUAUUUACUCCUGUGGUAGCCUAAUGUUGCAUAAGUUCGUUAAGGCUUACCAACCAUCCCUAAACAAGGUUACAACAAAUUAUUGUAGAUAUAUGUACUGUUUCAUUUUUAAUCCAUUUCAUAUCCACUACAAAGUAAAGAAGGCUCAAUAUUAAACUUAAAGCUAACGAGAUUGAAUCAGUUAACGUAGUUAUCAUUAAAUCAUAUUGAUUUUUAUUUUUGUUUUUUUAAAGAAAAAAAUAUUUGUAGAAUAUCAAAUUGUUUUUAUUUCUCAGCAAAAUCAUGUUUACCCAUACAAGUUUAAAUUUGAAAUUUUAGAAUGAAAAACAUUGUUUAAUCCAUUUGAUUAUAUUUUUCCGUAUGUACAAUUUUAAAAUUCUACUAAGAAACAGUAAUUAAUUGUGAUUUAUUUCAGUUAGUUCAAAGUGUUUUUAAAGUUCUUAUUAUUGUUCAUUGCGUUCUUUACUUCAUUUAAAACGUUUCUGAUGAAUUUAUAUUGCUCUCAAAAUAAGUUGCAUUUCCACACAAUUGAUUUCUGUUCAUUGGGUCAUUUGACUUUUUUAAAUAUAUUUUUUUUUAAUGAU